GUACCGUAUCAGCAUGAAACGAAACAACCGACAACAACGAAACAAGCGAACAGCAACCAGCUAUCCGAUACCGAUUCCGGUAGAUACCGACCCAGAAAUCAACGGCUGUUAGCGAGUCACCAGCUGGUAGUUGACUUUUGUGUAGUCGUAGAAUCAUUCUUGAAUGCGCGCGCGAAUAGUCAACACGCUAAAGUCGCAACAUCGCAAACUUGAAACGCAGCAAAAUUUAAAUUAAAUAAAACAAUAAAGUGAUUUUUUGUUUAGUAUUCGGCCGGAGCGAGCAGACGUUCUCAGCACUCCCAUGCCUAUACAUAAGUGGUGCAUAUAGUAUAAAAAUAUCGUGUAUUACCCCAAAGUGGGUGAGCGUAUUUAGUAAAGUGUUUGUGAGAAGUAUGAGUGUUAGUGCUUUUGUAGGCUUUGUAUUUUUGCAAAGAACAAAGUUUCACCACAUACAUACAUAUACAAACAUACUCUCACACUUGAACCGCUGACAGACCUGCUAGCUAGUUGGCUGGCUGGUUAUUUGGUGCUGGCGAACAGACACUUGUGGUAGUAGCAUUUUGGUCGUACGCGAGUAAGGCCAGAUAUGUAAACAAGGCGGGUUAAUUGAAUAAAUCCAAAAGAAAAACGGGGAAAAAACCUAAUUAAAAUGCUGCGGCGUAGCAUUUUAAAAUACAUAUAAAUAAAAUCAAAUACGAGAAAACAUAACAAAAUAAAUUUUGUUCUUUUCAAAAAUAAUAAAACACGCGGCGCGGUAACACAUCUAGCAGAAAGACAAACAUUUGCAUGACUCCGUGGAAAGCCACCAUUUAUGAAAAACCAGCAAGGCAUCCUUGUCAGUUGCGAAGUGACUGAUGCUGCAAGUGGAGCAAAAAAAAAUUGACCAAUUGAUAAAAUAAGUGCAAAUUGCAAGGACCUAAUUUUAUUACAAAUAUAUCUGUAUGUAUGCAUGUGUGCAUGUAAAUACGAUAAUAAAACUAAACUAAAAGAUAGCCAAAAUACUCACACUUAAAACGUUUAAAAGAAACUUAGUUCGAAAAAGCGAGACAAUCCUUGAUAAUCAGUGCAAGUUUGCAAAAUGUUUUACACUCCCAUAAUUAAAGAAGUAAACUUUGCAAAAAAUAUGAAUGUUCAUAUAAAACUUUUAUGAAAAGAAGAAAUAACAGGUAUAGGGAAAAUAAUAAUUUAUUUCAGUAAACCGACGGAAAUACUUAGAAACAACACUAAACAAAAGAGGAGGAAUAAAGAAGAAAAAUUGUUGAUUACAGAAGGUGAAAUACAAUCAAGUGAAACAAAAUAAACAAAUCCUCUGCUCAAAACCUUGAAAGAGAAACUAAACAAUUAAAACCAACUACAAUUUAGUAAAACUGGAAAAUUCACUCAACACUAAAUUUGAACGUGACUUUAUGAAAGCAGUGUUGGCGUCUACUUUCGGCGUCAAAGGAACCUAUUGAGCUAAGGAAACGUUUGGAGGAGGUGCGUCUGCUUGAAUCGCGACGCUCAGCACGCCUGGCCGAUCAAGAACGCGACACGGACUUCGCACGUCUAGCCGAUAUGGGUGGCGAUCGCCGCCGAACAGCAUCACACAGCAUUGAGGUGCCAUUUUCCUUAACGACGCAAAAUAACUCACGCAAACGUCCGCAGCCAUAUAUAAACGAUUGCUUUGGCGGCCAGUGCGGCGACAAGGAAGAUAUGGAAGAAUGCCAUGCAGCAAUGAUUUUAAUGAAGCUCUCCCAUUCACCGAAAAAUGCAGAAAAGUGGUUUGGCUCUAGUCCGGGCAGCUCAUCGUCGUCGGGUAGCUCCUGGAGUUCGGGCUCCUCUUCUCCACCGCUUAGCGACGAUGGCCACGCAGGCCUCAACACAAGCGCCAUAUUGAACGAUGCGAGCGCCCGCAUUCGCACGACAUCAGUGUCCACUUCGGAUGAGGGCAUUGUUGUAGACUUCAAAGAGGAGGCGCCACGCAAAAAGAGGGUAAGUCCCUUUGAAGUCAAUACACCAGUUCAGCAAAUAGGAUCUCAAUUUAGUACAAACAAAUCCAGAUUCAGAUGUACCUGGAAAGGCUGCAAACACAUAGAACACACAAACAAGAAAAUCGAAAGACAUAUAAGAAAUGUUCAUCUUGGCAAUAAAAAGGCACGACGUUCUGCAGAUUAUGAUGAAUCAUGUAGCGAAAAUGACCACGAAGAAGAAUUCUACUAUACGGAAAUCGAAGACGAGGAUGAAGAUAGCAAAACGCCGAGCACUACAUCGACUCCCACACUCAGCCACCGUGAUAUGGCGCGCCCACCGCAUGAAGAUCCGGAAUACCAAAGAAAAAUAGUUGGAAAUUUUAAGCAAGGACGUGUCAAUCAGCAGCAACUUCAACAAAACCUGGGUCAAAAUCUAAGCAGCAGCAAGACAGUAUACCACUGCGGCACUUAUAUUACGAAUAGCAAUAGCAGCCAUAACCAAAAUAAUCAGCAAAUGCAGAAUAAUUGUGUUUCGACUUCACCGCUCACUCAUCACACCUACUGGCAGUCAUCGUCAGUACCAGUAGUACCAGCCGCGCCAACUGCCACUGCAUCGGUGACAACAAAUUCAAGUCAUCAGCAACCGCAAUAUAUUAAACAUGCUCGAUCAUCGCCACGUCCGUCCCAGUCGACCGCUCCAUAUCCAUCGCCAACGUACCAUCACAAUUAUAGCAGUAGCCCGAAUACGUGCAUAAGCAGCAAUGGCAACGGCAGUACCACUAGCAACACAUGCAGCAAUCAAAGCAAUUCCAUCAUACCCAAUAACAGUGCCAACAAUAUGCUCCAGCAACUGUCUCAACAAAAUGUCACGGUGACGGCGCAUAACAGUGCCCAUCACAACCAGCAGCAAGAACAUCAACAAGUACCGGCAGUAACUAUCACGCCAAAUUAUCCAAGCCAUCAGCAGCAACAACAGCAAUCGCAACUGCAGCACAUUCAUGGUCAUCAGCAAACGACGCAUUCAAACACUGCCGGCGCUAUAGUGACACUCCCCACCACACAUAUAAACCACCUACCGCAACAGCAACAACAGGCAUCUCAUCACCAUCAACAGCAGCAUGCACAACAUGUAGCAGUUGCCACAACAACUAAGCACUCACCGAACUCACCAAAUAGACGCACUCGAGGCGAGAACAAGAAGUGCCGCAAAGUAUAUGGUAUGCAUCGUCGUGAUCAAUGGUGCACUCAGUGUAGGUGGAAGAAAGCUUGUAGUCGAUUCGGUGACUGAAAAAGGCCCAAAGCGUCGGCGACCACGGAAACGGCGGCGACGGCGACAGCGACAGCGACAGCGGUAGCAGCGAAAAUUACUUCAACAGCAACGACAGAGCUAGCAGCGGGAGCUAAAUUAAAGUCUCUAGCAAUAGAUUUGGGAAGCACAGAAACACAGGUAGCGUCAACCUAUUUCAAUACAAAGUACAAGCGAACAUGCUGCAACUAUAAUCUUGGCCAUAAUUCCACCAGAAAUACUAUUAAUAAAUACAAGUGUUCGGCAGCUUCUGUACCAGCAACUGCCGUAGCCACCUCCGUUGUUGUGAAGCCACUAAAUAAUUUAAGUAAAAUCUCUGCUAGCAAGAACUAUCAAAACACUGCCAGUGGCAGCAAAAUUAUCCAUGCGCCGUUGAGUGGCAACCAUAAAUAUGGUGCAAACACGGAUGCUGAUGUACACUUGCAACUGCAACAACAAACACAGGUUGUUACAACUGCCAAUAACAGCAACAUCAAUAUCAACAAUCAUUUGCUACCCGCUACAGUCUCAAGCGCUGAACCGGAUGUGCGUAUGCGAACGUCGCUGCCAAUACAACUCUUUCCUUAAGUACCCACACCACCACAAACACUACAAAACAUAACAUCCUUGCUGCCCUCAAAGUCGAGUACGAGAACGACGAUAUGACAGCCGUGAAAAUCACGACAACAAAGAACAUUUUUAUUAUGAACGCAAAAUCGGCUAUGUUCUUUAACAUUUGUUGUACAUUUUAUCAACAUUUUUUUAUUUAUUUAAGAAAUGACUUACAAUAUUUGGCUUUUUUGUUAUUGUUUAUUUUUUGUUGCCUUUACUUAUUUUAAUAAUAAUUCAAUUUAUUCGCCUCAAACGGCAAUUUUACACUAUAGUUUAAUUUUAUGGAAUUAGAAAAAUUUUUCUUUACUAUUAUACUUACAUAUGUAUAAUGUACAUAUAAAUAUCUAUACAUACAUACAUUACAUAUGUAGUAUACAUAUAAAAACUAUAUACAUAAAAUACAUACGUAUAGUAUUAAGAAUUUCAAUCUUGCGCGGCUACCAUUAUCCAUCUAUAAGCGUUAACAGACAAAAUCCAUUCAGGACACAGUUGAAUAAAAUAAAAUAACGAUCUAAAGCUACAAUAACAUCAAAUAGUAUACAUACAAUUUAAAUAUAUGUAAACGUAAAUAAUUUUAAUGUUUCAAGCAAGUUUGGAUCUGUUAAAUAUACAUAUUAAAAAUAGACAAUGUUAAUAGAUAAACUAAACCAAUAAAUAUGUGUGUAUGUUGCAUAAGUUCAUAGAUAGAUAUUUAAGUAUUACUUGUAUUAAUCAUGAUAAUCAUAAAAACGGCAAUGUUUAAGUUCAGUUAAAUAGAAAAAUGUUAAAACAACAGAAAGGAAAGAAAUUAAACGAGAAAACAACCCAAUCCAAACUUUUGGUUGGAAAUAAAACUUAAAAGAGGUUGGAAAUAAGUAACUUUAUGUCUGCAUGCACACAAAUUAAUAUAACAAUAAACACCAUCAAGUGGCAUCUAAACACACGUGCUUCACUUGCAAACUUUUGAAAAGAAGGCUCCCCUUUUAAAAUAAAAGUGUUGGCAUAUAUGUAAGUGGAUUUUCGUUCAUCACACUUGUAUAUACUACAUACAUACAUACUUAAAAUAUCAGCAUACUAGAAUAUGCCUAUACGUACAUAACAUAGUUGAUAUUUGCCAUUUUUUAAGAGUACCUAAAAUGGAAUGAAUAUUGUACCUUUUUCAACAAAAAAGUAUCUUUACAUUUGUAUGUACUAUUCUAUUUCACUAAAAUCGUUAAUGAGAUCUUAUAUAAGUUUAUUAGCACAUAUGGGUUUGCGUAUAACAAAUACGUUUAUAUUAAAUUUACAUGCAUAUACAAUAAUUUUUGUAAGGAAAAUGGUUCAAACAAGAAACACAUCCUCAUCGAUUGAAUUAUACGCUAAAUUAUAAUUAUGUAUGUGUUUAAAAAAGAUAAAUUAAAUGUGUUAAAUUUUUACAGAGUACGAAUUUCUUUGUCUAAUGUGACAUCAGAAGACAAACGGCUGACGUGCUUUAUUGAAAAAUGCGCCAUUUUAAUUAGUAUUGUAUUGACAUGUUGGUGAGCAAUCUGCAUUCGAAAAAGUGAAGGAGUGUUUUGGACAGGAUUUUUACAGCUAUUUUUUUUGUAUUUUAAAGCAACUCCAAUCUAGUUUCCAAUGCUCAUUCACAAUCAGAGCACUUAUUUUUUGUAAUUUUUUUACUUCAAAAUGAUUUGUGCAUUUUACUUGCAUAGCGAUUUUCACAAUAUUCUAUGGCCAAUAAGAAGAUACAUGGCUAAUGGUUAUACCUUAAGUACGAAAAUAGAGUCUAAAGUACCAUCAAGCUUAAAAAGGACCGGAAGGGUACAAUUGUACCUAAAUAUCAACUAUGAUACAUAUUCAAAGUAUGUACGUAUGUAUAUAAAAACAUAAAUUGAGCUGAUAAUAAGUAUUAAAUACAUAUGUAUUAUAUUUCUGUGAAAUUCCGGUGGAUUUAAUAGCUGGCUUCGGCCAAAAUAUCAUGAUAUUAAGUUUUUGGUGUCCAUCACUACCCUCUAUUUUACAUUAAACUACAUUUCAACAUAUGCUUUUACAUACAUACAUACAUACAUACGUAGGGUUAUGUAUAAAAAUGCUAACUCCAUU